GACUUACGCAAUAACCAUGAAAUAAAAAAAACUACUUGCUCGACCAAUCAGAUUUCUAGGACACUGACCUGAAUGACCUAUAUAAAUAUACCAUGUGAUCGAUAAUUUCAAAAACAAGGUGGCUGGCUUUACCAACACGUUCUACUGAAUUGAAUAUCAAACGAAUAUAGUUAGAAUUUAGCAGGAUGGCAGAUGACCAGUUAUUCGAUGAGUAUGACCAUUAUAACUUCGACAAGGUACACAGUGGCUCUAGUGGAAAGGGGAGAUCAAAAAAAGAAGUAGCAGACAACAAACGACCCGACCCCAAUGCGGACGUCAGAAAAACAGUGACGCAAAUUAAAAACUCGGAGAAGAAGGAGAAAGAGAAAGAACUCGCCAAAUUGUCGAAGGCGAGUCAGUCGUCAAAGGCAUCAUCCCGUGAAUAAUGUGAUUUUAAUACACGACAACACAUAGUGCAAUUCUGAUCCUGAACUCCCAAACAAAGAAAUGGAAAUCUACCUCGGCGAGGGCACUCUGGCACUGAAUGAUAAGCACAAAUCAUUCAGGAGUGUACCUGGUUGCUGGAAUUGAUGUGGCGUUAUGUGGACGUUUUAACUAAAGUCUUUAUAUAUUAAUGUGCAUCUUCACAAAGCUGUGCCUGCAUUUUUAUGAAAAUUUGUAAAUGAGCUCCAGUCAAAUUAAAAAUGCCCAAUUACUGCCGGCAACAUUAUUAUGUCAAAUGCAUAAUUAUUCUGAUUGGUUGAAUUGUUUGCUACUAUUCUUGUUUAUAAAAGUUUAUAAAAAUGUAGUCCUGGUUUUGUGGAAAAGAAUAACUAUGUAAAUGACUACAAAUGGCAUGAAAUAUUAUAAAUUGUUGGCAUUGUAUUUCAAGAUGCAGGUGAUUUACUGUACAGUCAUUCGUAUCAAUUAAGUUUUUGUUCUGACUAUCAUUCUAUGAAAUAAAUUUACCUUCAUUACCUUCCAUAA